GCCUAUAGGUCUCUCAGCGAUUUCAACAAAGCAAUCGAGUUUUAUCAGCUGGCUCUAAGAAUCACAAAAGAUACUGGAGACAAAGAUGGAGAAGGAACUAUAUAUAACAACCUUGGCCUCGCCUAUCGGUCUCUCAGCGAUUUCAACAAAGCAAUCGAGUUUUAUCAGCUGGCUCUACCUAUCGCAAAAGAUGCUCGAAACAAAGAUCAAGAAGAAGCAAUAUAUAACAGACUUGGCGGUGCCUAUUAUUUUCUCAGUGAUUUCAAAAAAGCAAUCGAAUUUUAUCAGCUGGCUCUCAGAAUCGUAAAAGAUACUGGAAACAAAAAUCUAGAAGCAGCUAUAUAUACCAACCUUGGCCUCGCCUACAAGUCUCUCAGCGAUUUCCGCAAAGCAAUCGAGUUUCAUCAGCUGGCUCUAAGAAUAUAUAAAGAUACUGGAAACAAAGAUGGAGAAGCGACUGUAUAUAACAACCUUGGCCUCGCCUAUGAGUCUCUCAGCAAUUUCAACAAAGCAAUAGAGUUUCAUCAGCUGGCUCUCCGAAUCCAUAAAGAUACUGGAAACAAAGAUGGAGAAGCGACUGUAUAUAACAACCUUGGCAGUGCCUAUUAUGUUCUCAGCGAUUUCAACAAAUCAAUCAAGUUUUCUCAUCUGGCUCUUAGAAUCGCAAAAAAUACUACAAACAAAAAUCUAGAAGCAGCUAUAUAUACCAACCUUGGCCUCGCCUAUGAGUCUCUCAGCGAUUUCAACAAAGCAAUCGAGUUUCAUCAGCUGGCUCUAAGAAUCGCAAAAGAUAUUGGAAACAAAGAUGGAGAGGGAACUAUAUAUAACAACCUUGGCCUCGCCUAUGAGUCUCUCAACGAUUUCAACAAAGCAAUCGACUUUCAUCAGCUGGCUCUCCGAAUCCAUAAAGAUACUGGAAACAAAGAUGGAGAAGCGACUGUAUAUAACAACCUUGGCAGUGCCUAUCAGUCUCUCAGCGAUUUCAACAAAGCAAUCGAGUUUUAUCAGCUGGCUCUCCGAAUCCAUAAAGAUACUGGAAACAAAGAUAGAGAAGCGACUGUAUAUAACAACCUUGGCAGUGCCUAUAUGUCUCUGAGUGAUUUCAACAAAGCAAUCGAGUUUUAUCAGCCGGCUCUCAGAAUCGCACAAGAUACUGGACACAAAGAUCAAGAAGUAACUAUGUAUACCAAACUUGGCGGUGCCUAUCAUUCUCUCAGCGAUUUCAAAAAAGCAGUCAAGUUUUAUCAGCUGGCUCUUAGAAUCGCAAAAGAUACUGGGAACAAAGAUGAAGAAGGAACUAUAUAUAACAGCCUUGGCCUCGCCUAUCGGUUUCUCAGCGAUUUCAAAAAAGCAAUCGAGUUUUAUCAGCUGGCUCUAAGAAUCGCAGAAGAUACUGGAGACAAAGAUCGAAAAGCAACUAUAUAUAACAACCUUGGCAGUGCCUAUCAUUUUCUCAGCGAUUUCAACAGAUCAGUCGAGUUUUCUCAGCUGGCUCUCAGAAUCGCAAAAGAUACUGGAAACAAAGAUGGAGAAGCGACUAUAUAUAACAGCCUUGGCGUUGCCUAUCAGUCUCUCAGUGAUUUCAACAAGGCAAUCGAGUUUCAUCUGCUGGCUCUAAAAAUCGCAAAAGAUACUGGAAACAAAGGUCUAGAAGCAAUAAUUUAUAGCAACCUUGGCUGUGCCUAUGAGUCUCUCAGUGAUUUCAAAAAAGCAAUGGAGUUGUAUCAGCUGGCUCUACCUAUCGCAAAAUAUACUGGAAACAAAGAUAGCAAAGCAAUGAUAUAUAACAACCUUGGCCACGCCUAUCAGUCUCUCAGCGAUUUAGAAACAGCAAUGGAGUUUUACAAGCUGGCUCUUAGAAUCACAAAACAUACUGGAAACAAAGAUCAAGAAGCAACUAUAUAUAACAACCUUGGCAAUGCCUAUCAUUCUCUCAAUAAUUUACAAAAAGCAGACGUCGAGUGCUAUCAGUUGGCUCUUAGAAUCGCAAAAGAUACUGGAAACAAAUAUCAAGAAGCAGUUGUAUAUAACAACCUUGGCGACCUCAAGCAGUCUCUCGGUGAGUUUAAUAGAGCGAUCGAACUUUAUGAGCAGAGUCUAAGAAUCGCAAAAGAUACUGGGAACAAAAAUGGAGAAGGACCUACAUAUAUAAACCUCGGAAAUGUCUAUAGGUAUCUCGGUGAUUCCAAAAAAGCAGUGGAAUUUUAUCAGCUAGGUAGAAGAAUAGCAAACGAGACUGGAAACAAAGAUAUAGAACAACGUGGAUAUGAAAACCUUGCUAAUGUUCUUUGGUCUCUUGGCAACUACUCCAAAGCCGAGAAGUGUUUUAAAUCCUGCAUUGAACUGGUAGAGGAAAUGAGAGUCCUCCUUGAAGGAAACGACGAGUGGAAAAUCAGCUUUCGGAAUGAACGUGAUUGCGUUAGUCGCUUAGUGAGACUUCAAUUACAACAACGUAAGAUACUAGAGGCGCUUUUAACAGCUGAUAGGAGACGAGCAGAAGCCCUCGUGGACCUCUUGGAAUCCCAAUAUGGCGUCAGGAAAUCGAUUUGUUCACAGCCGAAACAUCAGAUGAAACUCAUUUCAAACCAUAUUUCGUCACCCACGUUAUUUCAAAUGAAUGAUACCCAGUCAGUGAAUAUCUGGAUCCUGUUAAAGGGGGGAAAGCUGUAUGACUUUGUGCAACAGGGAGUUAGCAGUGAUGACUUGACAUCAAUGAUUUACCAAACAUGCAAACAGAUUGGUGUGAACAGAAGCUUGUGGAAAAAUAUUCGCUCCCGAAAAGAGAUUGAAGACCAAGGUGACGCUUUAAAAGUAUUGUACGACAUAUUUAUCGCUCCAUUUUCACAGUCGAUAGAAGGUGAUGAACUCGUCAUUGUCCCUGACGGUUCAUCGUUCUUAAUUCCGUAUGCUGCCCUUAUGGACCAAAACACCAGGUAUUUAUCUGAAACGCUUAGAAUUAGAUUGGUUCCAUCACUGACAAGCUUAAGGCUGCUGGCAGAAUGUCCGGAGGGCCGCCAUAGUACAUCGGGGGCUCUACUUGUUGGCAACCCCUGGGUGGAAACUGUACGCAUAAACCGCAAACCAUUUCGGCAGCUUCCAGGUGCUGAGGAAGAAGUAAAAAUGAUUGGACAAAUUAUAAAGAUUGAGCCUCUCACCGGAAAGAACGCCACAAAAGAUCGGGUUUUAAGCGGGCUCAACUCAGUUUCGUUAGUGCACAUAGCAGCUCAUGGUCGUACAGAAACCGGAGAAAUUAUUUUGUCUCCUAAUUCUCCUAAUUUUGAAAGUGCAGAAACACCCAAAGAGAAAGACUUUCUUUUGACGAUGGCUGAUGUGUUGGAUGCAAAAGUGCACGCCAAGCUUGUUGUCUUGAGCUGCUGCAACAGUGGGCGAGGAAAUGUCAAAGUCGAAGGAGUGGUUGGUAUUGCACGCGCCUUUUUAGGAGCGGGUGCGCGUUCUGUUAUUGCGACACUGUGGGAGAUUGAUGACGAAGCCACUCUUGCGUUUAUGAGACACUUUUACGAACAUUUAGUAGCAGGGCAAAGCGCAAGUAAGUCACUUCAUCGUGCCAUGAAAAGGAUGAGGGAGUCGGAAAAAUUCAAUGCCGUGAAGCACUGGGCACCAUUCGUGCUGAUUGGUGAUGACGUGACAUUGAAUUUUGGUCAAUGA